UUCACAUAUUCAGAACUUCCUACCCAAUGAGAUGCAAUUCUUGCUAUUUUAUCAGGUCAUUGAGUAUGAUAUAGAAAUUGUGUCCAUCUCACAAACCACUGGCUGAAUUCCAUCAUUAAUUGAUCCCGAAUCGUGAGCUAUCAUACAGGGGAACGCGGCUUGCUGAGACAGACUGGCAGGCUUGGCGGACUGGAUGGGAGGGUACUGAAGCGUAGAGGGUUCCUGCAUGGCAAGACACAUGUAUUAAUCAUCACCAGCGUUCAUGGGUGGACUUGAAGCACUGUUCAUCUGUUGCCUGGUUGGAUGAUUGUGUUCACAUGCUUCAUGGGAGGCUGUAGUUUGACAGGAGCGAUGACUUCAAUGGCCUAACUUUUCGUAGAGUUCAGGUGUGUGACUUGAUGUGGAAAGUUGAUUUGAUUCCAUUUGGGUUUUGGUUACCCGACUUGUGUAGUGACUGUGGAAAGUUGAUUUAGUUCAGUUUGUGAACUGAGUUUAUACCUCCUUGAAUGGUGACUGAAAAGUUGAAUUAAUUCAGCUUCUCUGUGAACUGAUUUGAGGAUAUCUCACAUGUAUUGUGACUGUGAAUGGUGAAUUAAUUCAGCUUGUCUUUGAACUAGGUUUUGGAUACCUGGAUAUAGUGACUCGGAACAGGUGAAUUAAUUCAGUCAGUUGAUCAAGGGAUACCUGAAUGGUAGAAUUACUGUGAGAUUACACUGAUUCAGGGAGUGUGGGGUUCGAAGUGUUUCUGGAGCUGUUGGUAACAUCGUGUGUUGCUGCCUGAGCUGUGAAUGGAUGUGAGCAGGUAGCAGAUAGUGGAUUGCUUUGGACAGGAAACCAAUGGGGGGCAAGCUCUCACGAUUAGCGGACAUCGUCAACAAGAGGAGAAAGUCCGACGCCAAUACAGAAACUGGCCAUGAUCCCUCUGUACAGGGUGCUAAGAUAGAAGACCGCUUCUACAACAACGACUCCUUCAAGAACCCUUCCGUGGACCCAGCCAACCCCCAGCAGCAGGAUGCGGCCCUCACCAUCCAGACCAACUACCGCCAACAUGCAGCCAAGGAAGAGGUGCAGGGAAUGCGGGAAGAGGAGGCCGCCACUGUCAUACAGUCUGGUGUCCGUGGUUACAUGGACAGACAGAAGGUGCUAGAGUCCAAAGACCCUGAGGAGUUUGAGAGGCGUCAAGAGGCAGCUAAUGAGCGUCUAGCCUCACAGGAGGUGAAAGCUGAGGAGGAGGAGGAGGUGGAUAUCGACCUCAAUGACCCCGACGUGGAGAAGGCGGCCAUCAAGAUCCAGGCAGGCUUCAAGGGCUUCAAGGCCAGGAAGGAAGUUCAGGAGGUCAAGCCAAAGGAUUCAGAACAGCCUCAAGAGAAAACAGAGGAAGACGAAAUCGCAGACAUCGAUCUCGAAGACCCUGAUCUUGCAUCAGCAGCUACCAAAAUACAAGCGAGUUUUAGAGGUCACAAGGCAAGGAAAGAUGUCACAGAGAAGAAGGCUGAGAGAGACCACGACAGAAAGUCCGAGGCAGAAUUUGUAGAUGAUGAGAUUGUGGAUAUAGAUUUAAAUGAUCCCGAUGUCAAUAGAGCUGCAGUCAAGAUUCAGGCUGGCUUCAAAGGGCACUUAGUCCGUAAAAAUAUGCAAAAUUACAAGGUUGACGAUGAACCAGCUCCCGAGACAGCCGUUAAACCAGUAGAUGAGGAAAUUGUGGAUAUAGACCUAGCUGACCCAGAAGUCAGUAAAGCUGCCCUCAUGAUUCAGGCAGGGUUCCGCGGACGUAUGUUCCGGAAAAAUAAGAAACCGGAAAAGCAGCAGGUUGAGGAGAAGGACCAAGAGCCUGAGACAGUAGCCCCAGAGGCUGAGGCUGAGGCUGAGGCCAUACAGGAUGAGGACGUUGUGGAUAUAGAUUUAGAUGACCCUGAAGUCGGCAAAGCCGCUGUCAAGAUUCAGGCAGGGUUCCGUGGUCACAUGUCUCGCAAAGCAAAGCAAACCCAAAAGACAGAGGAAAGCCCCGCUCCACCUCCUGCAGAGGAGAAACAGGAAGAGGAAAUAGAUAUAGAUCUCAAUGACCCGGAGGUCGAGAAAGCAGCCACCAAAAUUCAGGCCUCAUUCAAAGGCCAUAAGGCCCGUAAGGAGGUCCAGGCCUUGAAGGGCGAGGAAGAGGCUCCACCAGCAGCUGCUGAGGCCAAACCAGAGGAAGAGGAGAUUGAUAUAGAUCUGGAGGAUCCCCAGACUGAGAAGGCUGCCGUUAUGAUUCAGGCACAGUUCCGGGGAUUCAAAACCCGCAAGGACAUGACCAAUACCAAUUCAGAAACUACCACAGAGGCUGCCCCAGAAGAAAGCAAGCAGGAGGAGGAAGAGGAGGUUGAUAUCGAUCUCACUGAUCCCGAGGUUGAGAAGGCAGCUGUCAAGAUUCAGUCAGGCUUCAAAGGAUUCAAGGCUCGUAAGGAGAUGAAGGCCUCAGGAGAAGCUUCCCCCACCAAAUCUGAGAACGAAGAAACAAAGCAGGAGGCAAAGACUGAAGAGGAGGAAGAGGUGGACAUUGAUCUGGAUGACCCUGAUGUGGAAAAGGCAGCUCUGAAGAUUCAGGCUGGAUUCAAGGGAUUCAAAGCCAGGAAGGAUAUGAGUGAUAGCAAGAAGGAGGAAGAGCAAUAAUUUGUUUAGAUGAAGUUUCCCAUAAUAAGAACAUGUAGAUGGACUUUAGCAUUAUGUGUCAAUUUGUGCCAACAAUGUAUGUCGAGGAUUCACCUUUCUGGGCAUGACUGAGUUGAGUUAACCCUAUAGGUUGAUCUCCUGGCUAUUUGUAUGGAUCUUUCACUGAUCAAAUGGAGGGUUGUUGUAAAAUGGGAUUGCUGGAAUGUUUUAGGGAUUUAUUUUUACUUUAAAAUUCAUAAACAUACAGGCUGAUGUUAAGCUAUAAUUAAGUUCAUGACUUGGGAUGUCAUUCUGUGGAAUACAAUUAGAAAAAACAGUUGAAUGGUUGAUUUCAGGCAGUGGGAUUGAGUUUAAUUGAAGCAUAGAAGUUAACGGAUCAUGUAUUGGGUGAAGUUAUCUAUGAAGAAAUUAUUCAUUAUAGAAGGUGAAUUUUAGUUGUGUUCUAUAUAUGAUGGGUGUUAAUAGUUUUGUUUUUGUUCAUUAUUCAGUUAGAUUUAAAUGAUGUUUCUGACUGUAGUUUUCAUGACUGUUAUCGGCCCAUUUCAUUAAUACUACCAAAUAGCGUUGAAACUGUGAUACAGUGUUGAAAGUUCAUCAUGUUCAUUCCUCCUUUCCACAUUGGCUGCAGCAGGAUAUACAGUAUAUCAUUGGGGAGAUGCACAGUAUAUCAUGUAUGGAUAUAUCACUGUGUGAUAUAUGUGCAGCAUAUCUCAAUAUCAGUAUCGAGAUAUACGACAUAUAUAUAUCAUGGUAUGUCAUGGCCGUUAUACGAUACAAUGAGAUAUACAAUAUGUUAAGGUGUGAUAUACAAAUAUAUCUCACAUGAUGUGAUAUAGAUAUGUUCUCGGGAAAGUGACAUCAAAUUGCUUUUGGGUGAUAUAAUAUCUUUCAUCGGAUGAGGUUGUUUCAGUGUAUCAGUGUGAAGUCAGAUAUUUGGUAUAUUAUGAAAUAAAUAUCUCCCUGGCUUCCAGUUUAUAUCCAUAGAUUUUCACAGAUUUUAAACAGCAUGGUAGUCCACCACUGCACAAAAUAGUCUCCACUAAGCUGAAACAUGGGGGUGGGUUGUUUACACCUCAUGAAUUGUCAGAUUUUACUGAUAAGAAAGAGAUGGGAAAAAUACUUUUAUGGAAUGUUAAGUUUACACCACAUGAAAAUGUGAUUUUACGGAUUGGAAUAGCAUGAGAAAGCAUUUGGAAGAUUUUACCUUACUUUAAAUUCUUCAUCAAAGUUGUAUCUUUAUUUAUGGAAGUGCUUUGGGGAGUAGUCCUACCUCUCUAUACAACUCGAAUCAGUAGUGUCUUGGACUUUAACGUCUAUAAAUAGGUAUUUUAUCUUUGUAUAAUGGAAGCAGGAUUGAUCCAGGAAUUAAAAUUCGCCUGCUUUCAACAUCCAAGUCCUAGAAUGUUUACCGACUCCAUAUAUAUGUUGUAGAUAUUGGAACUUGGGUGUUUGUGAUUAGCUGUCCCAGUAUUCAGUGUUUGGAAAUAUACUGAGGGAAACAAAUAAGGGAACACCACUUCAUGGCAGUGUUCCUUUAUAUAUUCACAGAUUUCCUCCCACAGAGCGAUUCAAAACUUGUGAUGGAAACUGGACGAUAUUAAAGGAACACUUGAAUUUUCCUGUGUUCCUUUAUUUGUUUCUCUCAGUAUAUGUGCUGUUAUCUGGGAACAUCAAACACAUGAUAUAGUCAGGAAUAGUGUGUCUGGCAUAUUCACUAGAAUGAUGGUAUAUUAAUGCUGGCCAGAUUACAGAAUACCGGAUACCUAUCCGCCAUUUUUAUUUUGAUUGCGCAUUUAUUUUUGCGCACUUCCGUUUUGUUUCCUUGGCAACGGCACAACAUGAAUGAAGGCUGUGUUGAAGCAGCGUUCAAUAUUAAAUAUUAAAUAUUAAACAAUAUUAAAGCUAAAAAAAGGUAAGAUAAUGGGGGUAA